AUUCCCGGCUUCAUGUGCCAGGGCGGUGAUUUCACAAAGAACAACGGCACUGGUGGGAAGUCCAUCUAUGGUGAGAAGUUUGUCAGUGAGAAUUUCGAACUGAAACACACGGGGCUUGGUAUCCUGCCUAUGGCCAAUGCUGGACCAAAUACAAAUGGAUCCCAGUUCUUUAUAUGCACUGCAGGUACUCAAUGGUUGGACGGAAAGCAUGUUGUAUUUGGUAAGGCUGUAGAGGGCUAUGAGGUCAUAAAGAAGAUGGUGAAAUUGGGCAGUGAUGAUGGCAAAACUAGCAGUACUGUUAGCACCAUUAAUUGUGGAAAAACUUCAAUGGAAUUAUCUGAUUAA